CUGCAAUACCCCAGGACAUAGAGCAUCUGGGAAUUAAAAAAAAAUCAAUCUCCAUUCUAGAACAAAUUGGACAAUUUAAAAAAAAUAUAUCCAAGAAAACCCACUCAGGGUUUCAUGGAAUGACCGAAAAGGUGCGGAGUUGUGAAAAUGCAGAAAACAUUAGCAGCACAAUAUACACCUCGCAUAAGCCCUAAUCACUUACAUGCCCCCAUUAAUGUUGUCAAGGUUUCUCCAUUGCAGAGGCCAUCAUGUGCUCUGGGCCUUAAAUAUUCGAAGUGGGGGUUAGAAGCCCAAUGGAGGAGGCAACUCGUGAGCAUCAGCUUCAACCGAAAACGCGAGAUUGUCUGCUUGUUUGAUGGGAUUGGAAAAGUAUUUGGAGAAGACGCAAAGGAUGCUGCAAGAAAAGCCUUUGAAAAGGCUCGAGAAGGAAAGGAUAAGGCAUUUAGGAUGUGGAAAGAGGUGUCUGAGAAGACAGCACAAGAUAUGGCUCGAGAUGAUGAAGAUGAUGGAGAUGAUGAUGGUUUUGGUGGUGGACGGUAUGGUGGCGGUGGCGGUUCUGGUGAUCCUGAAGAUGAGGAUGACUGGAAAGAAACGUUCAUUGCAUCCAUGACACUACUUGUGUUGUAUAUGAAAAUGCGGGGUACAAGGUGGACGCGGGAUUAUGUACCAUAUACCGACUUUGAUGCUCUAAAGCUUUGGGCUAAGCAUUUCCUUAGAUGGGUGUUCAAUUCUGAAUUCCUUCUUUUUAUUGAGAUAAAUUAUCUAUGGGCCAAAUGUUAUUUGCACAGAUUGAGAAAUAGGUCACGGACGGUAGCAUCAUCUACAUCCACCAAUUAAUGCUUUGGAGUAAACUCUUUCAUAAUGGCAUAGUAAAGAACAUUUUCACAGCUGUUUAUUCCUGUUAUCAGAAUUAUAUUCUCUUGUAAUCCAUGUUAUGGCAUUCUUAUGUGGCAAUGUGUAUCUUUUAAUUCAA